CAUCACGAAUUCAACACUGUUGUCGGAAAAUCAUGCACCACCGUCUCUGGUCGCCGGAAAACUGCUCCACCGUCGCCAGAAAAGUUGACAAGAAAACUCUCUCUCUCUCUCUCUCUCUCUCUCUCUCUCUAAAAUCCUAACUGGGACAAAAAACCCCACGGUGGGAGAAAUUCCCAGGAACGGCGGCUGCAGGCGGGGAGGGCGGAGGCCGCACCUUUUUUUUGUUUUUUAAUUUAGUUGUUAAAUAAAUAAAAUAAUUAAUUACCACCUUACCCUUCAUUAAACUAGAUAAAUCUGAACCAUUGGAUUUUAAUGAGUUUCAAUGACUUAGAUUGACUUGGUCAUGUGACUAAAGGACCCCUUAGUCACCUGAUCUUAGCCCGGAAGGAAGCUAUUUGUGGGAAUCGACAGUAUGCAUUUUAUUCAAUUUUCCCAGAAGCAUAUAUACAAAGAGGUCAACUGUACCUGUACGAAGUCGCUAAACAAUGCUAACGAUCAAGUAAAACUAAGUAAUUAGAUUAACCAAUGUAACAACGGCAAGUGGCAUAACUGGACUAAGUUCGUCUAUAUAAUCCCCACUUCCCCUAUACAUCCUUUGGUCCCCCAACAAUCCAAAAAUUCCCCUUAACUAUCCCCAAUCCCAAGUUCCCUUAUAGCUCCUCAUCCCGCACAAUCAAAUUGUGAAUUCCGCCGCACAAUCAUCUCAAUCCCUCCUCCUCCGUGACAAGCUCAACCUCGUGUCCGACAAAGGUACGGAUCUGGAACAGGGAACCAGAAAGUCGCUUCCCCAUUCUCCUCCGUCCUCUUCAAUCUUCCUUCUGGCGAGGAUGGCGACGACUACUUUGAGGACAACCUGCCUUCCGGCUCCCACUUCCCAUCUCCGCUUCGUCGGUCAUCAGUUGAUGGAGAAAAGCAAAUUGUCCGGUUGUUGCUGCCUUUCCCCACCACCGCUGCCGCUCCCAUCCUCCCUUCUCUCUUUGUGUUCGCUGUCUCGAUAGAGAGAGAUAUAGCAAACUCUGGCGGCUCGCUUACUGGAGCUCCGACGGAUUAUUGCAGUCAAUAAUGAUGUGAGGAGGGGUCAAAUAGAUGGAAAAGAUUAGAAAGAGGCUGGUGCGUUGCUGGGGAGAAGAAGAGGCUAGAAGCAGAUGAGAUUCUUUUUUUGAUAAGCGAAGCAGAGGAGAUUAGAGAUCUAUGGGAAUGCUUAAAUUCUCUUUUUUUCCCUUUUCAUAUUGGUGUUUAUUUUUUAUUUAAUAUUACUUAAUAUAAAAGAAAUUACACAUAAGCAUUAUGUGCUGCCAUGCAGCUUUUGGUUUAAUUUGGUGAUGACGUGUGCGUUGAGUAGGAGCCUAGUCAGCGAACAAUCAAAGAAGCUGACGGUGUUACUAAUAUCGUUAAAGUAUCUAACGGAAAUGGCUAUAUUUUUACUACACCAACUACAAAAUCUGGCUAUAAGUGGUAUUAUCCAAAUUUGCCUAUUGUUGUCACAAACAUGAAAGUUUUGACUAUACAAGUGUAUUUUAUAAAAAAUAAAUGAACACCUUUUUUAAAUUGAGAGGAAGAUGAGAAAGGGAGCGAUAGAAUGAAGGAGUGAUGAAUUGUGGCAGUGGCGGUGCAAAUAUGAACAAUGAUUGGCGCGACGACUGUAUAACAAAGAAAGCGGACGAUGACUUAGGCUGCGGUGGGAUUGGGGGUUGGGAUUUUCCAUAUCUGACGAAAUUAACUACUCUUGCGUUGAAUAAUGUCUUUCUUUGUAUGGGCAGAUUAUUGUCUGGAAUGUUCUUAUCCAUCAUCGUUGUCGAUCAUCAUGCCAAUAGCUUUUACCGCAUCUAACGACAGUGGUGAAAGGGCGGGGACGCGGAUAGCUGACGUGGACUGCAGGGUAUUCCCUGCCUUCGUGGACUGCAAUGAAUGCCCGCAUUUUUCCAUGUCAGCAAUCCGCAUCCCCGUCCCUUCACCGUUGCCCUUAGAUGCGGCGAGGCAGAGAUUAUGGUUUUCUUUUCAUAUCCGACGCCUCACCGCAUUACACAGUAGCAGUGAGUGGUUUCCCGUUUUUGAGUAAAGUGGUGAUACCUUCCCCACUUCAAACAAAAAUGGUGAUCAUUUCCCCUCGUUUAACACAAACAGUGAUAUGCUUGACUGUUGUAGACAACGGCGGUAAAUGUAAAACAUGUAUAGAUUUGGAAAUUUUUUUAUAACGUAUGUAUUUUGAGAAUUAUUUUUAACAACGUGUGUAUUUUUGGAUUUUUUCCGAAGAUAUGUUUUGGAGAGGUGAGUGGUUGUGAGAAAAAGGAAACGAAAUAGAAUUAUGUAUUAUAUUAACUAGUACCGGGCCCGGCUCUUGUCCGAGAGAGUUUGAUUAUUAUAUAUUUUGAUGUGUUGUUGUCAUUUUUUCGGUAUAGAUAAAAAGAUAUAUAGAAAUGAAUAACAAAUAUAAACAACUAAUAGGGAAAUUUAGAAAGUAAAUGGUGUCUAUUUAUUUUGUAUUUCAUGUAGGACAACAUGAGAGUUUUUUUUUCCAUUACACACACAAAAUCAAUCUUAAUCAUAAAAGAAAAUGAUUUUCCAUUCAUGUAGUUUAAUCAAAUAUUUUUUCUCAAUAGUUAUCAUCUUUAUUCAUCACGGUACGUUAUAGAUAUGAAAUUAUAUCAUGUGAAAGAAUAUAUAGGGCACAUUAGAGAUUGAUCAACAAUAUGAAGUAGCAUGUUGAAGAUGUACCAUGAUGACGUGGGAACCACCCUCGAUACAACAUUAACCUUAUUUAUUUUGCACAAACUAAUAUGCUAUAGAAUCUGUGACCAUUUUUCAUCCAUGCAUGAGAGUGUCGUUGUAGAAGAUGUUAGAGAAACAAGAAAAUCACCUAGUGCCAAGAUUCAGAGUGAGCAAUCUUAACAUGAAUCAAUGGCUCGAGGCAUAAAAGAAAAAAUCAAACGAGUAUUUUGUGCACUGCAGAAGUUAUACUUAAAAGUUGAGCAUUUUGAUUCCUCAUUGUUAACUUCAGUAUUAAUAUUUUAAUAUGAAAGUAGAGGUACACAAAACAGUGGGCAAUGGAGAGCAAAUUGAUCUCAAAUGCUCAAUACAUGGGAGCUCACUUUGAAGACCAAAUGUUAAAGUAACUUUGUGCCUUCAUGUUGCAUCUUGUUCUCCAUAAAAUCCAUAGCAUAUUCAAAUGUGAAACAAAAUCCUUUAAUUAUGCUCUCAAAACAAAAAUAGGGAAAGACAAUUAGAUAUAAAAAGAGAUUAUACCGCCAUCUAUAAUCUUAAACACUUGGGGGAGAUGAGUGAGUUUGAAGAUGAGAGCCAAAGACAUUGUCAAAAAGAGGUUCAUUGAAAAUUCAAUAUCAAGAAAUCCAAUAAGAGUUGUACAUGAAAAAAGUCUUGUGUUUCCUAGUCAAUUAGAUAGCCAAAAGCCAGAGAAAUAGACAAAAAAAAUUAUAACUUUCGAAUUUGAAAGUCUGAUACAUGAAACAAAAAACCAUUAAUUUAUAGUCUGUGUUCAUCCCAUGACUUAACCCUUAUCCCUAUCCACAUAACAAUAUCAACACAAUUCUAUCUAUGACCAUUUAACCAAUAGGUUACAUAACAAAACUAUAGGAUAUAGAUAAAGAUGUUCACAAAUCACAACCACCAAACAAUAGAUCCACCAUUCAUUAAUCCUCAAGCUGUCAAGCAUACAAUUAGAUGGAGUUUAUCUCCACCAAAACAUAAACAUAUAGCAUGGGGUUUGGAUUCAAUCAUUAAGCUAAUUAUUUCUCAAAUUUCUUAACUUAAUAGAAAUUAUUAGAUUAAUCAAGAAGAAAAAACCUAAAAGAGAAAUGUCGAUAUUCUAAAUUAAUAAUUAGUUUAAUAAGUAUUUAAAAAAUAAAAAUGUGAAACUUCAAUCUCUCACUCUUUCUCUACCACGUUCAAAUCGUGGCAGAACCUCUCAUUUUGUACCUUUCUAUUUUCUCAUGCCGUCCGACACAUUUGCUUCUUUCCAAAAUAAAUUUUUGGUUAACCU